GACGAGCGGCUUUAGUUUAUGUUUGAACGUUGUUUACGGCGGAACACGGCGGUGUCCAUGCCGAGAGAUCCUGGCUUCAGAAGCUUUUGCGACAACGCUAGUGUAGUGUUAAGAGGGGUGCCUGCCUGCCUGCCUGCUUUGUGAGAACGUGAGAGAGAACGAGACGGAACUAGCGGAGGGCUGCUCUCCCUCCUUUUUUCCUGAAUACACUUUUGGUUGAUGGUCCUGCCUGCUGCAAGGAUCACAAGGGAAAGCAGCGUCGCUUUGACGGAUCCUUUUUUGGAAAGGAGAAACGCAGCUUGGCUCACAGAUUUUCUUGUGCGAGUGUGAAUCUUUGAAGUGAAAUUAGGAGGAUCGUUUUACGUGGUGGUGUGCCACUCGAGGGGAAUUUUCUCACCAAGAGGGGUUUCAAGCAGUGCUCAAAAGUGAAUUUUGUCACCGUGUGAUAUUUGUAGUGAAACAAUUUGGAACGAAUUUACUGCAUUUUUUUUGCGUAGUGCGUAGAAGAAACCAAGCCAACAAAGACGACCAUCUGGAAGAGUGCUAUUGCACCAACAAGGAUUACCUCGACGAACUAGUGACGGAGAUUUUAUUCCUGCCGGUUACCGGGCAAAUCAUAACAGAGCGGACCAGUUCGAGGUUCCGCGCAAAGUAAACGCGCGCCCCCGCACGCAAAACUCAAAAGAUUUGCCGAACGUAAGCUUCGACACUAGAGCAGCAGCCAUGGGUGAAACCGACGACAAGGAUACAGCGCCACCAACGGCAACGGAAAAGGGAACCGUCGAGACGCCCGCCGCCAUCACAGAGGUCCAGGAGCCGGAGCCGGACGCAAAGGAAACGGAAAAACUGCUGGCCAACAGCGAGGAAAAGACUGACGACAAAGAAACGGAAAAGCCCACCGUAGAAGAGAAGAAAAAGAGCAGCAGCGAAAACGUCAACGGAACCACGAACGGCGAAGAGAUCAUCAACAUCCCGGACGAAACCUCCACCGAAACGGCCAAAGCGGACGACGAGAAAAAGCCCACAGACAAACCGAACAAGGUGCAAGCCGAAGAGCGCGAGGUCAAGCCGAAAAAAGUACCCGCAGGUGCGUUCAAGCUGCCCGGCUUCUUCAACAAGAGCAAAGCCAAGGAAGCGGACGGCGCCGACAACGAGCUGCUCGAGAAGCAGGACACCGAAAAGGAACCCAAAGCCGUCGAAGCCGCCGCCGAAGAGAAACCCAAACGGGCCGGAUUCUUCGCCAACCUGCGACUCCGGAACCCGUUCGCCAAGAAGCAACCCGACACUGCCGCCGCCGACGAUACCAAAACCAAACCCGAAGAGGAAGAAAACGACGAAGUGACCGCCGAAGCCACGGACAAGAAACCCGACGAGGAAACGCCCGCCACCGAAGCGACCACCAAGGAAGAGGAAGCCGGCGUAGCCGCACCCAAAAAGGGUCUCCUCGACGCCCUGAAAGUCCCCCUCGCCAGCAUCAUCCCCAAGCGAUUCAAAUCCGGAGGAGGUGAAGGCGGCGAGGACGACCUCGAGCUCGGCAAGAGACCAAAGAACCGCGCCGGUCUGGCUUCGAUGGAAACGCUGGACGACUCGCUGAAGGAUACGGAGACGAAGGAUACCGUCGAUAAGCCGGCCGCGGCGGCAGCCAACGGAACCGACUCGGAAGCUCUAGUCAAGCCGGACGAGAAGAAGGACGCGGAGAAGGGAGAGGACGGGGAGGAGCCGACGCCGUCCAAGUACCCGUGCUGGGAGCGCUUCCGGACGUACAAGUGCUCUGUUGACGACAUCGCCAUCAUCGCCGGCAUCGUGAUCUUCCUGCUGCUGCUCGCGCUCAUCAUCGCGUUUACCUUCAUCGGGCGGGGCGAACCGGCAACGGCGCCAGUUCGCGACGGCAAGUACAUCGAAACGGUUACGUCGUGCGGCAAGGUCGAAGGUAUCCUGGAGGACGGUGCGUUCGCGUUCCGCGGAAUUCCGUACGCGGUUCCACCGGUGGGACCGCUGCGCUGGAAGGCGGCUCAACCGAUCGAGAACAUCAACUACUGCUGGAACGAUACGCUGAAGGCGCACAACUCGACGCCGGUUUGCUGGCAGUUUUACGCUGAUGGGAAGGUCGAUGGCAGUGAGGACUGCUUGACGCUGGAUGUGAUUACGCCGCACGUGCGUUACGACAAUCCGCUGCCGGUUGUGGUGCUGAUCGGGGCGGAGUCUUUCACUGGGGACUCGCCUGGAAAGCUGCGCCCUUCGACGCGUUACGCCCGGGCUCGGGAUGUGAUCUUUGUGCGACCGAACUUCAGGUUGAACGUGUUUGGGUUCUUGGCGUUGGAUCAGCUGACGAAGAGCGUGCAUCCGCCGACCUCGGGCAACUACGGACUGUCGGACAUUAUUGCGGCUUUGAAGUGGAUUCAGCUGAACAUUGCUCACUUUGGUGGUGAUCCGAAGUCGGUGACGCUGUUUGGACAUCGUGCCGGUGGAUCGAUUGUGGCUGCGUUGGCUUCGUCGAACAAGACCUCCAAGUUGUUUGCGCGCUCGUGGAUCUCUUCUGCGUCUUCGAUCUUCCCAGGGAAUCCGCUGGCCGAUUCGGAAGCUGAGAACAGUGCUUACUUGGGUCGCAUCAAGUGCGAGAACGCUGAAUGUCUGCGUGAAAAGGAGGAUGAGGAUGUUUUGGAUGCCGUCCCGGACACCUGGAGACGUAUCUUGCCGGAUCUGCCGACGAGCGAAGAGAAUGCCACUGCUAACCACGAGUGGCUCGUCCUGGAUGGACACAUUCUGCAGCAGCACCCGGCCGAUGUGUGGAACACCGAAACUGGAAAGAUCAAGUACGUGGUCGGUUCGACGAUCCACGAGAGUCACUCGAGCAAGCUGUAUCUCAAGCACACCGAAUGGACGCCCGAACUGGUCACCAAGCACGUCAACGAGAGCAAGAUUGGCGAGUUGGGACUGACCGAGGAAGCCAUCAAGCGAUACAACGCCACCUACAAGGGACUGGCCGCCAUGAUCUCGGACAUCCGAACAGUCUGCCCACUCUACACCCUGUCCCAGAAGCUGCUCACGUCCCAGUUCUACGUCGUCAGCCAAACCGGCGGUGAGUUCAACAUUGCCGACGUCGACUCCGACAUCCAGGCCAUCCUCGGCCGCUACGAGCCCAAAACCCCGGAACAACGCCGGUACGUGUCCGCGAUCCAGCAGCUGUUCUACCACUACGUCUCCCACGGCGAAAUCAAGUCCGAGCUGCGACGAAAGCUGCUCGAUAUCGGCCAGGACGCGCUGCCCACGUACAACUCGGACAACUGCGACUUCUGGAUCAAGAACGACGUCGUCCCGCGGUACGCGCGACUCGACUAAGCUGUGUGCGUGUGUACGAGCGUGUGCAUUGUUCUAGGUAUUAAACGCCAAGCGCCAAGAACAGAACCAGUUAUAUUUAAUGUAGCUCUCUCUCUUUCCUCAGAGUAUAGACAUUUUUCCUCGAAAGCCUUUUGAUACGAACACGUUUUUUGGGGGAUUCGCGCCCGGUUUCUUUUUUGGCGGGACGAACCCUUUUCCCCCUCUUAACCGCCGGUCAUCUCUUCCAGUAUUAAGCAAAUAUUAAACCUUAAAAUGAGGAGGUUCGUUUCAGAACAGUUUUGACCAAAUACACACUCACAAACACACCCCCGAUCGAUCACACGUAGAUUUCACUAAAACAAACCCCAUCGCGUAGUGACGAGCCCGCUUUGAAACGCAUUUUUAAUCCACAUGAAUCCAUCAUCGCAUAAGAAAGUAAGAAGAACGUGAAGCUGCGCGUGCGUGCGCGCGUCAUUAUAGUUAGUCCCUUUUUAUUGAAGAAAAACAAAUGAAUAAAGCAAAAAAACAUUAAUAAUAAUGAAAAGGCUGUAAAAAGUUAUAGCUUCUAAAUAUUAAAAAAUAACUAAGUAUCGUAUUGGGAGCCGUAAUAUAUUAAAACAAAUCUCACUAAUUUAUAGCAGAAAAUGAGCAUAAGAAGAGAGAAAGAGAAGAAACGUGAACAAGUUCAACGGAAAAAAAGAAAAGAAGAAGUGAAAACGACGAUAGAAUGAACAAAUAAAACGACACGCUAAAAUCAUAAUUUUAGCCGGUAACGCAUAUUGUUGUAAUUUAUACCUAAUAUGUAAUAUGUAAUUAUUAUGUACUAUUUUUCGCUUUUUUUUAGUUCCAUGACAAUUUAGUGAUCUUUUAAGUAAGGCAACUUCAAUUUGUCCCUCCUGAGCAGUAGAAGAAGAUGAAGAUGCAGUUUAAGUGAAAAAUAGUUUUAGAAUUCGCAAAGUGCGCGAAUAAUUCAUCACAGCAAAAGAGAGGAUAUAAGUUUUACAAAUACACACACACACAUAGACAGACACACAUGCAACUAUUUUAGCAAGUCGAAAACGAAGAUUUUUUUUAACUGUAACAGUACAACCGAUGAUUUGAUUGCGACAAAUGCCACCCUCAAAAAAACAUUCGUGCACUUUUUUGUUCCGUAAGAAAAAGAAAAACAAAAUACUCAACUCAGUAAAAGGUAAUGAUGAUUCCAUGUAAUCCCCUACAUAAAAAACACAUUUUGCGACAAAUAAGAAUGAAACAACAACAAAAACACACAACACUGAUAGAAAUUCGCAUUAUAUGAUAGGAAUGCAAUGUGUAAAGAAGGUCAAGAAAAAGCUAGAAAUAUACAUUCGUCUUUUUGGGAUUGUACAAA